UCUCCAGACAGAAAACACUGGAACGUACUGGUGUGUUGUAGAGAUAGGUGGAAUAAUGAAGGUGGAUGAUUACGAAGCCCUUCAUAUCACAGUGAAAUCAGAUCCUGAUCUGUCUGUGAUGGAGAGCAGAGUGAGUGAUGAGGAAGGAGGCAACGUCACAGUCCAGUGUCCCUACAGCACUAAGUAUCGGAAUAAAAUGAAGCAGUGGUGCAGAUUUAUAGACAGCCGCUGCAACAAUAUGGGGAGGACUGCCACAUCCCAGAAUUCAGCAGUGCAGGUCAGUGAUGAUGGGAGAGGAUCCUUCAGUGUGCAGAUGAGUGGACUGAAGAAGAGUGAUGCUGGCUGGUACUGGUGCAGUGCAGGAGAUCUGCAGGUUCCUGUUCACAUCAGUGUCUGUGAUCCACCUCCAGAUGUGACUACAGCACUGACUACAGCAGUGACUACAACCACUCACCAUGUCAGUACUUACACAUCUGGCUCGAAGCACAGUUCAGCAACAUCUGUGACUAGCGGCACAUCAGUUUCUAGAGGUGGUGACACCAUUGAGCAUGAGACCCUGAUCUACUGGUACCUGGUGGCCAUUAUUUUGCUACUGGUCAUACUGGUCAUCAUCGUCUGCGUGCUAAGAAGGAAAUACACAGAGAAUCAAAUCAGGACCAGAGACAGGAGCAAUGACACCACAGUUCACACAGCUGAGAGUGAGGGAUCAUACAGCUCAAUUGCUUUCAAGUCAAGAAAGAAGAAAUCAGAAGCAAGGAACCUGGAGCAGCGCACUUUUACAGCUGAAGACUCUGUUAUAUACAGCUCUGUGGCUGUUUCAAAGCCAAAGGCUUCAGCGUCAACAGAUAAUGAGCAGGACGUGACCUACAGCUUUGUAAAAAUCGCUUCCAAGAAUAAAACUAAGUCUCCAAAAGAUGUUGGUGAUGAGACAAUCUACAGCAGCGUGGUUUGCUAGUAAUAGAUGUGUGAUUAAAAAAAAAAUCUCUGUGUCUCUCU